AAUGCAACCAACAACCAACAACAAUAACAACACAGCUUCAACUUCCCCAACAUUAAAUGUUGAAAGUAAUCAAAAACAAAAACAAGGUGGUCUUAACAAUUCACACAACAACAGUGGAAAUAAUUUAACACGUACAAAAUCAUUGGAUACUUGUCGUGUUUGUGGCGAUGGCCCAGCCAGAAUGCAUUAUGGAGUUCCGACGUGUUUUGGGUGUAAAGGGUUUUUUAGAAGAACAUUAAAAAGGACAAAAGAAUAUACUUGCAGAUAUAGUGGAAAUUGUAUUGUUGAUAGAUAUGAACGCAAUUCCUGUCGUUAUUGUCGUUUCAAACGCUGUUUAGAAGUUGGAAUGGAUCCAAAAGCUGUAAGACCAGACAGAGAUGCUGCUGGCCGUACACAUCCAGUUAGACGAAGAAUGUCUAGAAAUUUAUUAAAUGGGGCAACAAAUAAUAAUGUUAAUGAAGUUGUGGUUGUUGGAGGUGAACAAGAGAUUAUUGCUGAUAGUGGUGGUAAUAAUGGGGUUGGUGCUGCAGAUGCAGAAUGGGUACGGAAAUUGCCUGUUGAAAUGCGUACUUUAUUAAUGCAAAUAAUGAAUAUUGAUGUUAUGAUACAACAUGGAGACACCCAAGAAAGUCCAGAAAAUUUAUAUCCACUCCCUUUUACAAGUUUACGGCAAAUGUUUGAAGACCCGACAUGUUUGGAUGGAAAAAGGACUGAAAUAAGAUAUGAGCAUUAUAGACAAGUUGAACCGAAAGAAUUAACGUAUUUGGCACAUCGGAGAUUAAUUGCUGCUGUGGAUACAAUUGAUCAUUUAUGUGCUCUAAUGGAUUUGCACAAUAUUAGAGACAAAUUAAUCCUCACAAAGGCAGCAUAUGCACCAUUAUCUUUAUUUUGUUCUGUGUCAUCUACAGCACGUAUAACAAAUAAUCGAGACAUUCUCUGCCUUUGUAAUUAUGGUUAUGUACCUAGAGGUGCUCAUCUUACAUAUUCAGAACCUUACCAUUUUGCUAAUCGAAUUGUGGACAGAGCUUUAGAUGAACUUGUAGAGCCUUUUCGAACAUUUAACUUUAAAGAACGCGAAAUUGUUUUAAUGAAAGCUAUUGUUGCAUUAAAUCCUUAUUUGCCAAGUUUAUCAACAGAAGCAGCUGAACAAAUAGCCGAUUUUCGUGAUAGGCUACAGGAAACAUUAUAUAAUGUUGUUCGAGAAAGCCAUCCAAAAGAAGUAGCCUCUUCUCGUUUUGGAAAUUUACUUUUAUUUCUUCCAAAUAUAAUGAUACUUGGAAGUAUUAUGAUUGAAAAUUUACAAUUCUUACAUUCAUUUGGAAGUCACUGUGGAGGUAUUGGGCCUUUACUUGGCGAAUUACUUGAGGAAGAGUGUGAGGAAAAUAUACAGGAUUGUGUGGGGUGUGGUGAUGAUUUGUUGUCUUUAAACAGUGGAGAGAAUAAUGAUGGGUCAAUGUGCCAUUCCCAAUCAACCGGUUCAAUAACUUCACAAUUCGGCAACACUUCAACAAAAAGUUGUGAAGAUAUUACAAUGUUACAGCAACAAUUUCAACAACAUCAACAAUAUUCUGCUCCUAAUUUAAUGGGAUCUUCUUCUUCAAUACCAAACGAAAUAAACAAAUCUAAUGAUAGACUAGUAGCAUUGCCUUCUGUUGAUUCUGAUCCAGACUAUAAUACUACGUUAACUGCUGAAAGUUUAAAACAACAAGGGAUUCAACAACAAAUGGAGGUUGAUGACAGUCCUCCACAAUUUACUCAAUCUCAACAACAACAACAAAAUUUAUUAAACACUUCACAACAACAAGAAAGACCUCAAUUCUUCAUUGACCCUUCAAUAAACCAACAACAACAACAACAACAAUUUCAGCAAUAUCAACAACAACAACUACAACAAGUAACUACUGUUGCAUCUACAAAACACAUCUUUACAAUAGAAAAAUCUUCCCCAACAACAGCACUUCUACAACAACCAUUACAAUGUUCUCGUGAACGUUGUGCUGCAAUGAUGGGUAAUAGAUGCUCAAAUGAUGAAUGCCCAGCGGCUUUAGCUGCUAUAUUUCAACAACAACAACAACAAAUGCAACAAACAAUUAACAACCAAGAGAAUAAUUACAAUAAUAAUACUCAAAUAUUUUCACAAUCACCCCAAUCAACAAUAAAUCGUUCACAAUCAUUUUCUUAUUUUGAUGUUUAUGAUGCCAACCAACAACAACCUUUUGAUGAUUUAAUAACCCCAACAGCAAAUACAUUUAUAGGGAAUUAUCCUCCUUUACCUAAUACAAAUUCUUAUAAUUUCUUUCAAAAUGAACAAUAA